CGUUUGCGAUUCAGCAGCUGUAAGCCCUUUUUUUUUCCUCUCUGUGCUCAUCUCCACUUCCAGCAUCCUUUCUGUUCCCCUGCAGCUCCACAUCACUGGGGAUCAGUGAGUCCAGACUGCAGCCUGCUCCCCUUUAUUCUGCGUUUUUAAGUGUCUUAAAGGAUCUACAGGAUUUGGAGCAUUUCAAUUUUGUGCACUUGGAUUUACAGCUCCCUCACGUCCUUUAUUACAGUUUCAGCCAAAGGUUUGGUGUGAUUGAACUUAAAACCACAGUGAUGGAUGAAAUGGAUGUACCACAGCUGAAGAAAGAGGUAGAGAGCCUCAAGUACCAGCUGGCGUUUAAGAGGGAAAAAUCAUCCAAGACAGUCACAGACUUGGUGAAGUGGAUUGAGGAUGGUGUGCCCACUGACCCGUUUUUGAACCCUGAGCUGAUGAAGAAUAAUCCAUGGGUGGAAAAGGGCAAGUGCGUGAUCAUUUAGGACGGAAACAACGGAAAAGCACAGAUCUGAAUGUCCACACACACACACACACACACACACACACACACACACACAGAGGCAUUAGCACCGUACAGUCACUACUUGCAAGAUCUAAAACUAUGCCACGCAUUACUAUAUAAUACUCCUGAAGGUCAAUACGUUAUUAAAAAAAAAUCACUAUUAAUAUGAUAUUCAUAGAAAAAGAACUCUUUAUAUGCACUUAGUUCUUUUAGUCUGUUACAUAUUAGUUUAGCUUCCGCAUUUUUCUUUCUUUUCUUUAUUUUUUUUAGUACUCUAUAAACUUUUAGUGUCUCACUGCCAGAAAACAAGCGGCAGAUUAACACCUGCAAGAAACCCCAGAGGAGAUUUCUGACUUGUAGCGUGUUAAUCCGUCCGUCACGACAGUGCACCGUUUAUACAGGAACCACAUAAAAACAUCUUGAAGUUCAGCACCGUUUUUUUGAGUCUGUCCGAUUCAUUAAUUUAUGAUCUAUUUAUUUAUUUAUGUGUUGUUUUUUUUAAUUAACUGUUAAUGCUCUGAUGGACCUGAUGCUUUUUAAUAUUUAGGUCUGAGGUUCUGAGAUACACUACCGAGAAAGUUUUAUUUAUUUAUUGUAUAUUUUUUAUUCCUUAUCUCCAUAGCCGAUAAUCGUAGUGGAAUAGACUUCAUUUAUAUAUUGCUGCAAACUAUUAUUUAAACACUGACACGAAUCCGGUGUUUAGCUGCUAAGAAAUCAUCGUUUGUUAUGAUACUGUACUGUAUAUGACUAUAUUUAGGACACGCUUUUUAAAAUCUCAUCAGACGACUGAAUUCUGGCAAGAAAAACUAAAUAAUUGUGGGAUUCUUCAUAUUACGUACUUUGACACGUCUAUUAAACAUCUAUUAAAAACUAUUUCACUGAAACCAUGUAGAAAUAUUUUAUUAACAUUCGAAACUUGGCUAAGAUUUUUGCAAAUCUUGUUAUGUAAAUGAGUUUUAAAAAAAAGUCUAGGCUAUGUUUAAAGAUAGACAUCAUUUUCAUGGCCAUGUUAAUUCUUUUUUUUUUUUCUAUUCGAUUUAAUGUUUAAAUUGAAAUGAAAAUAAAUAUCUGUCAAUAAAUAGUAGUAGUUUUUGGAUAAAGUGUACCGGUGUCUUUCAGUGGAAUGGAGUUUGGAGUAUGGAGUCGAACAUGACAGAAAAAUUCCUAAAAAUUUGCUUUAUCAAUUAAGCUAAUAUUCUUAUUCGUUACCUAGCGGGAUAAAUACCGGUGUUUUAAUGUCACUUGUCAUCAAAAUGGUGUAAAAUGUAAACACAAACACAAUACAAAACAGUGGAGUAACUAAACCUUCUUAGUGUUUACUGGACCCACAUUAAUAAAGAAUAAUAAAGAAUUUUUUUCCCCAAUAUAUAUGACAGUAUAAAAUAUGAAAUACAUGAAGCUCUUGGUAGUAAACUCAGACUCUCAGACCUGACUGUGUGACGAGCAAGAGAAGAAAUAACACACAUUACAUGCCAGUUCUCACCAUCUGAUACUGCCUUGGUCACGCUUUCCUUAAAGAGAAUGAAUGUGUUUUGUAAGUGAACCGGCUCCGAUGCACAAACUUUUUUUUUUUGUUUUUUUUUUCUUCUUCCAAAGGCAAGGCAAGGUGUGUGUUCAUAUUUUAUUGACUUCUGAUUUUGGUCUGUUUUUAUAUAUUUAUCAAUUUAAAAAAAAAAAAAAAAAAAAACACCUGUGGCGUGUUUAGUUAGAUAUUAUGCAUAAGUUCAUAGGUUCUGGGUUAAUGACUAAGCAAUAAGUAAUGUCAUUUUUUAUUGAAUGUUUUACAAAAAUACAUUUAUCUGGAAUAAAGUAGAGGAAUUUUA